AUGAAAGGCGACAGAAAACGAAAAAGUUCACAUUUUUUACCUGGUUAUGUAAAGAAAGUUAGUGAGGUGACACAAACUGACUACGACUAUGAUCUUCCAUCUACCUCUGCAGUAUAUGAAGACCAAGAAUUGAGCUAUGUGAAUAUUGAACUAGACUCUCCAGGUAGUCACAGGGUUUUACGACCAAGGCCUGAAAAAAAAGAAAGCAGUUUUGAUCAAAAUGAAAUCUCAGGCAACAGGAUAAUCAAUGUGGAAAAAAUGGUAGAAAUGUGGAACAUAGCCAUUCAGACUCAUGCAGACGAAGAGGCCGAG